CACUGUUCAUUUUUCUGUUUAUCGAUAAGAAUUCCCCUACACAAGCAUUUUUAUACCUGCAAUGAAAAAUGAUGCUUUUGAGAAAAGAAAGACGAGCAAAGUAUUUGAAGAUUCGUCUUCAGUCCGAUCUACUCGUUCUAAGAAACAUGUUUAUUCCGAAAGACUAGUUCCUACUGCCGAACCCUCCGAGUCUAUAGAUUGGUAUUCAAACGACGAUUUUCCCGAUACACCCGAAACAGUUGAUGAAAACUGCGAAUAUGCAAAUAAUCAAGUUUUCCAGGAACUUUUGGCUAAUGAAUCAAUAAACCGUUCUCAAUUAACAACACCUCCGAGGAGAGCCGGAAUGCUCGAGGAAACGACAAACUACUUCAGGUUCAAACGUGAUCGGAAAAACACUCAGCAUUCAUCAAUUGACAAAUCUGAUUAUAUUUCUUGGAAUUUUUGGGGCUGACUGAAAAAAGUCGACGUCUGCUUGAAAGUGCGAUUGAAAAGCCACGAAAAAUUCCAAAAUCGCCUUACAAGACUUUGGACGCCCCGAUCUUAAAGAUGACUUUUAUCUCAGCCUUGUGGAUUGGUCUCCUUUUGAUAAUUUGGCUGUUGGACUUGGAAGUGCAGUUUACAUUUGGAAUUCAAAGAGCUCUGCAGUUAUGAAACUUUGUGAGUUGGACUCACCAGAGACAGUGGCUGCAGUUUCUUGUUCUCCUGUAGAGAAUGUGGUUGCUGUGUCCACAAAUCAGGGGAGAAUAUCAAUAUAUUCUAUGGAAGAGGCACGUGAAUUAAAGUCAUUCAGGCCUCAUUCUUCAAGAGUGGGGUCACUUUCUUGGAAUAAGACAGUUUUGGCUUCCGGUUCUCGAGAUAAGACUAUUUCUCUGCUGGAUAUGCGAUGUUGUGGUCUAAUGACUUUAGGAAGUUCUAAUUUGGACAAUGCCUCUCGAUGGAAUCACAGUACACUCAAGGGGCAUUCUCAGGAAGUCUGUGGUCUGCGCUAUUCCCCCGAUGGGCGCUAUUUGGCUUCCGGAGGAAAUGACAAUUUAUUAUUAUUGUGGGAUAUUUAUGGAAAUUCCAAUACUCCCAGCUACACAUUUACUGACCAUAAAGCUGCUGUUAAAGCUUUGGCUUGGUCCCCCCAUAAACGGGGACUUCUUGCCUCUGGAGGAGGUACUGCCGAUCAGGAGAUUCGGUUGUGGAAUUCUCUGACUGGACAAGCUCUUUCUAAUCACAAGACUGAAUCUCAAAUUUGUAAUAUGGUAUGGUCAAAGAACACAAAUGAGCUCGUCACUACUCAUGGAUUUUCUUUUAAUGAGUUGAUAGUAUGGAAGUAUCCAAUAAUGUCUCCGGUUGUCAAGUUAUCUGGCCACACUUCUCGGGUUUUAUAUAUGGCACUUUCUCCGGAUGGAAGGAGUGUUGUCACGGGCUCGGGCGACGAAACUCUUCGUUUCUGGCACUUAUUUGAUUCAAAUCCAAGUCCUCCUCGACCUUACUCUGUUCUUACCCUGGAAAAUUACGUUCGCUAAUCACUGGAUAUGUCUCAAGAUUGUCUAUAAAUUAUAUAUUAUUUACAUAAUUUAUUUUUCAUCCUCGA